UUUCCGGGUUUGUGCUGACGCGUCCCUCUUCUCCUCAUACUCCGACGUGUCAGUCUUCUUGUGUCCCGAGCUGAGCAGCCCACGGACCGGUCAAACCGCACACAUGGCUCCCAAAGGCAGCAACAAGCAGCAGUCAGAGGAAGACCUCCUCCUCCAGGACUUCAGCAGAAACCUUUCAGCGAAGUCCACCGCUCUCUUCUACGGGAAUGCACUCAUCGUCUCUGCCAUCCCCAUCUGGCUGUUUUGGAGGAUUUGGCACAUGGAUCUUGUGCAGUCUGCGGUCCUGUACGCCGUGAUGACUCUGGUCAGCACCUACCUGGUGGCCUUUGCCUACAAGAACGUCAAGUUCGUUCUCAAACACAAAGUGGCCCAAAAACGCGAGGACGCCGUUUCCAAGGAGGUGACUAGGAAGCUGUCUGAGGCGGACAACCGCAAGAUGUCCCGCAAGGAGAAAGACGAGAGGAUCCUGUGGAAGAAGAAUGAGGUCGCCGACUACGAGGCCACCACCUUCUCCAUCUUCUACAACAACACUCUCUUCCUGGUGCUCGUCAUCGUUGCCUCCUUCUUCCUGCUCAGGAACUUCAACCCGUCUGUCAACUACAUUCUGUCCAUCAGCGCCUCCUCGGGACUGAUCGCUUUGCUGUCCACAGGCUCCAAGUGAAGGAGGAAGAGAAGCUGCAGGGGAGCGAUUGGCGAAGAGGGGAGGAAGUGGGUUAAAAAUUAAAGGGUUUAAAGGACUGAAAUAUCACAUUUCAACUUCAUGAAAUUCAUGAUCAAAUGUUUUGGGGGGAGGGGGGGGGAUGUUUCUCCAGGUCAGUCUUCUGUUUUUUGUAACAAAUAUAGCAACCUGGUGUACUUUU